AUGAUUGAUUGGAGUUUGUUGCCAUGAGGCCGGGAAUGGUGCCAAAGCUGGCAUGCAGUGAUCCGAUAUUGUUGGACCGGUCGCCCAGGCAUACUCAAUCGAUCCGAUACAGAUGGAUCGACCGAUAUCACCGCUCGUUCAGGCAAGCAAUCAGGUAUCGAUCGAGAAGGCAAGCAAUGCCUCACGGUGGCUUCUCCGGCAACCUGACGUCGCCGACAUUGGACUUGGCCGUGGACAUGGGCCAUCCCUUCCUCAACCGCACCGUCGACGGCUUCAUCAAGAUCGGCACCGUUGGUGCUUGCAAGGUCGCCGCCGAGGAGACCUUCGAGUGUCUCCACAAAGAUAUGCAUCCAGGGGACGUCUCCAAGCACAAAGUCGAGCAUGCACUGAAGAAAAUGUGCAAGGAAGGCGCGUAUUGGGGUACUAUUGCUGGUGUAUACGUGGGCGUGGAGUACGGAAUCGACAAGAUCCGUGGUCACAGGGACUGGAAGAAUGCAAUGCUUGGAGGAGCGGUGACGGGAGCCUUGAUCUCUGCCGUGAACAACCACCAGCGGCACAAGGUGGUGAAGAACGCCAUCACCGGAGGAGCUAUCGCAACCGCCGCGGAGUUGCUCACCCACCUCAGCUCAUGAUCAUCCAUCCGAUCCCUACCAUAGCACGCCAUGCAUGCAUCCAAAGACCGGCAAGAGAUGUAUCCAUCCAUCGUUUUUCAUCCACUCAUUCUGUUUGUUAAAUGCAGUCUCUACAUUCAUAAUAUGGACAGGAAUAAAAUCUUCUUUUCCAUUUCCUUA